CAGAGCUGUUACUGCUGCAUCCAGCGGCUAUGAUGCUCUCUUAAAUGAAAUUGUAAACAAUGAUGAUAAUUCCCCGUCUGGCGGUGAAGGACAAGUUACACUGUCUACCUUAUCGGGCUUUUCUACUUUGUCGAGCCUUACCAAGCGCGAUGCGGAGCCUUACUUCAAAGAACUCGAUAUGUAUUCCUUUGACAAUUAUGAGAAGGUUGCCAAGGUUGGAGCCAUGCUGAAACAGGCACAGUCUAAUGAGAUGUUGGGCGACGCCCUUUACCUUUACAAUUUGAUGGAUCGUAACGGCUAUACGCAUAGUCUCGCAUUAAAUGGCUCCUCCGAAUUUGUUAAUGAGACAUGUGAUUUUCUUUCUUACCAUGGUUUAAACAGUACCGAGUCUCUCGCUUCUACGGCGUCGAGUACCGACCUGCUUGACUUUUACAAGAAUUUCACAACCUCUUCUUGUGCACCUACCUCCACAUGGAACGAUGACAAGAUGAAAUGCACUAGUCAUCAUAAAACCAAUCUGGCAAGCUGUGAAUUUCUGUAUGACUAUAUUGCCGAUUAUGGUGUUUUUCCAAAAAAACCCAGAAGUCUAUGUGCUAAAGGCUGCUGUAUUUCGUGGAGCACUUCUGCAGGUUUUGAUGAUACUUGGGCAAAGAAGCAGCUCAAGGUGUGUCUUGAUUGGUGUCUACGCUACACCGGAAGCUGCAAGUUAAACGACGUAGUCUAUGAAGACACUCAUUUGAACUUUUGUGUUAGCAACAGAGGCAGAGGUUGCCAUUAAGCGAUCCUUCAGAUUAGCGCAUUGCUUGUGAAAUGAAGCAUGACACACCUUUGCCGUGUAUACAAGGAGAUAGUAUCCAAAGCCAAUUAGUAUUCUUAUUCAAUAUGCAAAAUAAGAUGUUUGGCGUAACUCUUUUAGCAUUCCAUAACUUUCUUUUGCAUGAAUCAGCUUUGACCAUUGCGAAAUUAUUACUGCCAAUUACGGGGACAGCAUAAAUGAAAACAUAUCACCAGCUAACAGACCAAAUUGUGAAACGAGGAAGCUCAUAAAAAAAGGUUUCAAAAGUUUCAAAAGUUUCAGUGGUUUCAAUGGUUCUCUCACCGCUGUCUGUUGAACCGUUCAUAAAGAUAAAGAGUAAGUACAAGAAUAGUAUCAUAGUGUUAAACAUAAAUGUCAAGAUACUAUCUCAGCUUUUUGCGUUUACGAGAUACGCAGAAUAUUUAAUAGGAAACAGUCAACAUGUUCGUCAAAUG